GUCACUUCAGAAUAUGGCGAAAAGACUACAACAAAUCCCAGAAUGCUUUUCGCUCCGCCUGCGUUCCACUCUAAAAUAACGUCCGCGCGCGGAACGUUAGUAACCGUUAUGAAGCCGCUCUCUGUGUGUCACCCGUCGUUAAACUCUCGUUUUAAACCAGAUAAAAUCGCUGUUUUGUGUUUAUAUUUAUUUUUAUAUACGUUAUUAUUUAUCACCGUCGCGCCAACCGAGAGGUGAACCGACUUUACCGGGCUGGUUACGGACUGUUGACGGCGUAACACCAGACGUUAGAAAGAAGAAGAAGAAGCAACCGCCGCUCGCAUCUCUCGCCUCUUGUCAAUUUGUGCUUUUUUUAUUUUUUAAUUCUCCGUUAAAAUCCUUCACAUUUUUAAAAUCCGUCAAUGAGUCGCAGAGGAGACAGCGACGAUGACUGCUGCAGUAAACGGAGGGUGGCGUACGUGUACAGCCCGGAGUACAUCGAGACCUGCGACUCUUUAUCCAAAGUACCGAACCGGGCGAGUAUGGUCCACUCACUGAUUGAAGCCUAUGGACUCCUGAAACACAUGAGCACCAUAAAACCUCAGCUGGCCACCAUAGAGGAAAUGGCCAAGUUCCACACAGACUCUUACCUGGAGCAUCUUCACAAGAUCAGCCAGGACGGAGACAACGACGACCCCCAGUCGGUCGACUACGGCCUGGGUUAUGACUGCCCAGUGGUGGAGGGGAUAUUUGACUACGCGGCAGCAGUAGGGGGCGCUACACUGACAGCAGCCCAGUGUCUCCUGGACCAAAAGUGUGACGUGGCCAUCAACUGGGCGGGGGGGUGGCACCAUGCCAAGAAGGAUGAGGCGUCUGGGUUCUGCUACGUGAACGAUGCCGUGUUGGGAAUCCUCAGACUGAGGGAGAAAUACGAGAGAGUCCUCUAUGUGGACGUUGACCUGCAUCACGGAGAUGGUGUGGAAGAUGCCUUCAGCUUCACAUCCAAAGUCAUGACCGUUUCUCUGCACAAGUUCUCUCCUGGAUUCUUCCCAGGUACGGGCGACCUGUGUGACACAGGGCUGGGUAAAGGUCGUUGGUACGCCGUAAACGUCCCGCUGGAGGACGGCAUCAAAGAUGACAGAUACUACCAGAUUUUUACCAGCGUGAUGCAGGAAGUGCGGGCACAGUUCAACCCGGAGGCGAUGGUGAUGCAACUUGGCGCCGACACCAUGGCGGGCGACCCCAUGUGCUCCUUCAACAUGACCCCAGUGGGGGUGGGCAAGUGUCUGCAGUAUGUCUUGGGGUGGCAGCUACCUACCCUGCUGCUGGGAGGAGGAGGUUAUAACCUGGCUAAUACGGCUCGUUGUUGGACCUACCUGACGGCAGCAGUGUUGGGAAAGACUCUUUCCUCUGAGAUACCAGACCACGAGUUCUUCACAGAGUACGGACCUGACUACUCGCUGGAGAUAAGCCCAAGCUGCCGACCAGACCGCAACGACACCAAACACCUGGACCAGGUCAUCAGCACCAUCAAAGGGAAUUUAAAGAAUGUGGUUUAGGAGUCAAUAGACUCAGCCGCCGCCGCCGCCUCCUCCACACACACACACACACACACACACACACACACACACACACACACACGCACCAUGUUUCCAAACCAGGUCGACGCUUGGCGGCUUUAAUGAAGACAAUAUGGAGCGGACCCCAUCGGCCCCAAGGCACGGAGCGAAACGAGGGAGGGAUGGAGGCAGAAAAAGAGUGAGCGAGGGGUUUUGGAAAACAUUAGCUGAGUGUUUCCAGGAGAAAACAGUUUAAUAAGGGAGGGAGGGAGGGGGAGGGGGGGAGAGAGAUGUGGUUGCUGUACAAUGUUCACUGUUUUUUAAUCCUUUUGUUUUUUUGGACAAGGUAUGUGUGUUUGUGUGAAUGAGAGUUUGUGGUGAGUUCAGUGUGGGUAUGUAAAACUGAAUUACAGCAGGGGAGGGUGGGAUGGAGGGGGCGAGGGAGGGAGGGGUUGUUGCACCCAGAGUUUUUGGUAUCAAAGAGAUGCGUUUGUGUACAUCCUAUCAGACGGAGACAUUUUGAAACUAAAACGGUAAAACAGAUAUUGUCAGGUGUCCGGUUUAACGUUCGACCCCGAGUGCUGCUGGGAGUUUAGUCACCUCACAGGACACAUAAGCAGUAAAACAGACAAAAAAAAAGGUUCCACAAAAGCCUCGUUAUCCUCGCACCCCGGGAGUUUCUCAACCCGGUCUGGAAAAAAGGCCUGAAAAAAAAGUACCUUUUAAAUUAAUUUUCCAAGUCUUGAGAAACUUUUGCAAAUAAACAGUGUGGAGACGGUUGGAGAGCAGCCGCUUACACAUGGCGGAGGCUGCUCAGCCACAUUGUUCUGACCUCUGGGCAAAAUCUGCAAAUUAAAACAUCUGGACAGAGUUUGGAAUUUUAAAUGGAAAAUAUGCAGGGAAAGUUACAAAGGUUUUUGUUGUUGUUGUUUUUCCAUAGAUAGACAAUAACAAGGAGUACACAAACCUUUUAGAAGGUUUUAGAUAAAAGUAAGAGGUUCCUGAAUUGGACUGGACCAUUUCAGGUCAAUAAACAAACAUGGCUGCUGCUUGAAGACUGACAGAUGCAGGAUUUUCAGAGAGAGAGACUUGAAAUGUCUCGACAAUCUGGGCUCCAAAUUAAACUUUCUUGGCUCAUCUGCCGAUGUUAAAAUGAGAAAAUGUACCAGCCGUAAAACUGCAUUAUGCAUCAUUGGACUACAAAUCAUUACCUCGUGUUUUGGCCGCCGAUCUCGGGGCUUCCUCUCGCAGAUAACGCCGGCCUUUGUCACUUUCCUUUUCGUCCUUUAUUCGGGAUGCACCGAUACCAGGAUUGGCUCUGCUCAUGUAUUUGUAAUCAUAAAAUGAGUCCAGACUAAAUAUGAAUGAGCAGCGUUUAAUUCCUGCACUCCACAAACUUCCAUAAGACUUAAACCUUUAUUCUCUCCGCUGCCUUUGAAUGAACUUUACCCGCUCUCUGUUACGGCAGCGUGACGACACGUUACCUCUCGUUAGUUGAGCAGGUAGAUAAAGGAAAAGACAGAUUUUUUUAAGCAGUUUUCAAAGUCUUUGGUAUUAUUAAGUAACGGCAAAUACCCAAAUGUAAGUAGAGCCGACAGACAUCGUGUAAAGUGAGGUUGACAGUGAGGGUCAGUCUCAGCUGUUACACAUAAGAAACCCAGCGAUCUAAAUCCGGCCGGUGACCCCCAAUUCAUUUACAAAACCCCCAAAUUUUACCCACAUUUGGCGCUUGGUGGGUGUUGAUUUUGGACCCUGCUUGUAAAUGUUUGUCGAUCACGAAAGUAUUAUUCUCAGCUCUGGCAUCAUCCCCCACUUAACCUUAUAAACACUAGAAAUCUGUGGUGAAAGUGGAACAAUCGUUGGAAUUCAGUCUUCAAUACAAACAGUUCUUCAGUUAAAAAAUAAACACAACUUCAUCUCCACUGUAGUUGCCUUUAUAUUCAGCUAUAAUGUCCCCAAAAAUACUUGUAGUUUUUUGUCAAAGGAUGACUUUGAGGCUUCUCUUUCUGUCGUUUAAAUGCCUCAAGUAUUCUAAUAUAUGCUGAUUAUUUCCACGCCGGUAGAAGUUUGGAAAACAGAGAAAUCUUGUUUAAUCCCCCCAGCUGUAGUGUUUGUGAUGUGGCAGAGUCGCAUUGCACAGCUUUAAAAAAAAAAAAACACACCCGCCGCACAUCAAACUGAACAGUGACCAAAAUCUUCAAAUCCCCUAAUGAAGCCGAUGAGCCACAUGUGGGAUUUCUGACACGAGUGGAAACACAAGUGAAGGCUCGAUGACGGCGGCGUCGCACAAAUGUUUGAAAAAAGGAAUUGGAUCUGUCUUUUGGGGAUUUGGGAUUGCACAAAUAAUCUGAAAGUUUUGGUUCAGUCUCAGCGUUUUUAGGGCCAAAAUGUUCAUUUUUGACCACAUAAAUAGUAGUUUUACCAGAAAAAUCCAAACUUUAACAUCCACUGAUGUGCAUUUUUAGGAACUUUCAACUCCAUCCGCUGCUAGAUGUGGUUGAAAGCUCUGGAAAUAAAGCUAGAAAGUGGACUUUGAGUAUAGAUUUCUGUUUGUGAAACUGCUAUAAAAUCAUUUUUCAGGCAUUAAAAUUCAUUAUUUUUGUUGGUUUUGAAGGUUCAAAGUGUUGGUGCAUCUUUUGUUUUUGUUGUUUUUAUGUUUCUUAAAUGAAAUCCUGCCUUAUCUCGCAUCCUUAACAAGCUGCUGACUGAAAAAAAACGUUUUUAAGCUUAGAAACAAAGUCAAACUAACACUUUAAAUUGUCUGUGUUUAUAUGAAUAUGACAACACUUCUCACAGGAACGUUUUAGAAUAUCUAUCCAAUUGUUUUUAAAAAAGGAAGUAAUGUAAACUGUUCACAGAAUGACUGUUGGCAUGUUUCAAUGUACAUACCACGGGAGCGCUUGUUGAAAUAAAAGACAGGAGAGCA